CCUUUCCUGAUUGGCCACUCGGCUCAAACAAAGGGUUUGAACAGCUUCUUUGUAUGUAAUUCUUGUGCUUGAGAGGACUAUGUUAAAGAUACUCCUUCUGUUUGACAUCAUGGAGAGCCAAGUCUGAAGCCUGAGCUUUUGGUUCACAGGGAUCACUUCAAACACUGACUAAGCUUUUGAAACUUUGGCCAUGUUUGAUAUAAGAAUCCAUCACUGCGCACUCUGUUUAUAUGAAAGAAAGUCACAAAAUCAGAAAGAAAAACCCCUAGAAAAUGCACAACAUUUGUUACAGAAUAUGUUUUAUGUGUGCAUGCUUGUGCUUUACACUGGUGUGUGUGUGCAUAGUGUAUAUGGGCACAUGCAUGUUCCCGGGAAUGUAAACACAUUUUAAGACUUCCUGUCCGGGGAUGAAACUGAAGAGAGCUUUAGAGAGUGAGGGAGGAAGGUAUUAAGCCCAAGCCGCUGAAUGAAGAGAGAGACUAAAAAUGAUGGAAAAAGAAGGAGAAAUAGGAAAAGAGAAAAAUAAGAACACACUGACACAGGUGAGAUUUACAAACACAGAUGGAGAGGCCAAUAGACAGGAGGGUGUUUGAAAAAUUUGGAGAUAUUCAGAAUGGGCAAGUAGAUCUCGUUCACAGAUUUACGCACAAAACAGAAAUGGAAUUCUACCUGAUGAUGAACUGCUUAACGCAGAAAGACAACUUCCAGAAACGGGGAUGAAGAUACAAAGUUGCAAAGGUCACUGAAAGCUGAAGUAUCCUUGGACAACGAUGAAGGAAUUUUGGAUUAGGAUUUAAAGACACCCCAGUUUCAUCAUAGUUAACUUCAGAGUUACUCAUUUGACUGAUCUCCUUUUUCUCAGCAGUUUCCACUUUAUCAUCCGUGUCAUCCUCACAAUCCUCAUCAGCAUCAUUAAGGCGGCUUAUCACCUCAUCGCACAUCAUGAUGAUGAACAGUAAUGGUACAGAGUCCUGGCUUUUCAUCAACACUUCCUUUAAUACACCUCAAAUAUCGGGUCCAGCAAACACAAGUGGUAUGGAAAGAUAUCUUCAAAGACUGGCACAUUUAGAUGAGGGGCUCUACAAUGACUUCUAUGGCCUUUGGAUUGCACUGGUGGUCAUAAACUCCCUUAUUUUCCUGGUGGGCAUGGUGCUCAACAUAGUUGCACUUUAUGUUUUCUGUUUCCGCACCAAGCAAAAGACCACCUCAGUCAUCUACACCAUCAACCUGGCCGUGAGUGACCUCUUGGUGAAUCUCUCUCUACCGACUCGCAUCCUGCUCUACUACAGUGGAGGAGCUUGUAUCACCUGCUCAUAUCUGCACAUCUUCAGCUACUUUGUCAACAUGUACUGCAGUAUCCUGUUUCUAACCUGCAUAUGCGUCGACCGGUACCUUGCCAUUGUGCAGGCUGAAGCCUCUCGUCGCUGGAGGAACUCCAGUGUGGCCAAAUGUGUUUGCAUUUCUGUAUGGCUGUUUGCCAUUGUGGUUACCUACUCCUUUCUUUCCACCGCUUUUCAGCACACAGGCUGCUGUCUCUCAAAGCUCCUCUUUCUCACCAUCACUGAGUUCUUUCUACCACUUGUCAUCAUUGUGGUCUUCACUUUGCGCAUUAUGUGGGCCUUAACAGACCGUCGUCUGAUGCAACAGAGCAGGGAUAGGAGAAGGAAAGCUGUCCAGCUGUUGACAACUGUGCUGAUCAUCUUCACAGUCUGUUUCACACCCUUUCAUGUUAGACAGGUGGUGGUAUACUUCUACCCUGACAUGCCUCACCAUGUGAUAGUGUACCAUCUAACUGUCACCCUCAGCAGUUUGAAUAGCUGUAUGGAUCCUGUUGUCUACUGUUUUGUUACAAAUAAUUUCCAGGCCACUAUGAGACAUCUUUUCCGCCGCGCAGAGCCCAAGCAGACCAGUGGUGACAUUGUCAGUAUGCAGCACAGCUCUAAAGCCUCAGCAGGGACGGACAACGCCAUGACUAAUAAUGUUAUAUUGAUGACCAAGAUUCUCAGAUCACUGCAGAGCAGCAACACAGGAAAGGACCGCACACUGUAAAAUAUUUUACAAAGGGUGCAUAAAACUAUAAGUUAUAGGGAUGGCACAGUUAAAGUUCUGAGUUCUGCAACUUGCUGACCAGCAGAACUCAACACAGACACUCAGUGCUGCCAUUGUUUUUUUCAAUGAUGAGCGCCAACACAAUAACAUGCAGAUAUUCACAUGUAUAUGAUAUUCACACCAAGAAACAUUGCCAUCACUCUGGACUGACUUUUCAUUUGUCAAUGUCUAUAGACACUUGGUCAAUUUAGCCAACUGCCCUCUGGAUAUUAUUAGAAACUACACAAGAAAAUGUCUCAA